AUGGGCAGUAGCAGACGAUCGAAAUCCGCGGUCGAUAAAAAGCGCGCUCAUGAAGGCGCGCCCCAGCUGCUCUCAUCAGCUCAUCAGCUGUUCCGACGACUGAAGGAUGUGAAUGUGAAGGCUGCCAUGAGCGAGGAAAGAAAGAGGCCCUCGAUUACGAGAAGCCCACUCUAUGAAAAUUUAUCCCUUCCUGUUUCGGAAGCCUUCUGUGACUGGGAUAUAUCCGAUGCAAGCUCCAUCCUGGGUGGUCAGGGGGAACGCCAGAAGUGUGGACGCUGCGGGCGAUCUCGAAUGUGGUUCUGCUACGGGUGUAUGAUUCCGCUCGAAUCCCUCCGUGCAGUAUUGCCCAAAGUGAAGCUUCCCUUCCGAAUCGACAUCAUCAGACACGCUCACGAAGCGGCGGGCAGAUCGACGGGAAUCCAUGCGGCCAUCCUCAGUGAAGAUGUCCAUAUUCACACGUACCCGGACAUACCCGAGUAUGACCCCUGUAGAACGGUUCUCAUUUUCCCCGACGGUGAAGCCACUUUUGAAAGCAUACGCGCUACGGAGAGGCAGACCGUUUGCCCAGUUUGCGGGAAUCUACAUCAGGCAUUCCCAUACGACAGGAUUGUAUUCGUGGAUUGCUGUUGGACGCAAACGAGACGUAUCAUCCUAGACGAGAGGAUUUCGGCGCUCCAUAACAGAGUGGGCCUGAAGGGGAGGAUCAGCUUGUUUUGGCGGCCGCAGAGAACCCGGAACCCGGACCAUCUAGCGACUAUAGAGGCCAUACAUCAGGCUUGCUCGGUGUGGUUGUUAUCGCAGAAGUGUCAACGACCUCAUCGGGUUGACAAUCUUCUCUUUUUCUUCAAGUAUAUGUAUGAUAAGAUCUCGAAUCGCUAUAGGGAGUCGGAACACUGA